CCGUCCACUUGGCAUGUUGAUUCAGUACAUGACAUGUGUUUCGCGCGACGUCAUUGUUGCUCAAGGUCUAUAUAUAGUUUGGCAAGUGAAGAAUGCUGUAGAUGCCGUUCAGCAUGUGUUUCCGCUACUAGCGCCUUUGGACAUCACGAGUGACCAGCUUGAACUCAAGGGGGCAUGGGCUCAAGUCGUGGUGCUUCACCGUGGUUCAACCGUUCCUUCCUUGGAUGAUGCGCGUGUGAGGGGCCAAUGGCCCAAACUGGGGACGCACCCUUGCUUUGGGUGAGCGUCAUCGACCUUCUUCGGCAGCAAAAGUUUGAGGAAGCUGUUCAACAAGCUGAAGAUUUGCAAGCAAAAGGUCGACAGACAGGGGUGAAAGCUACAGAGGCUUCAGCAGCGACAUGCCUCGCAGUGGCAAGGGAGUGCCAGCGCAAUUCACAGGCAUUGGAUGCUUUGCUCGAGCUCGGCAUCAGCUGGGGUGAGGCUGCCCUACUCUUGGCGCCCGACGCACCGGAGCUCCCGGGCCCUUGGGGCGCCGCCGCGCGGCACUUGGCCCAGGCCACUCCAUCGGCUGAAGUGAGAACUCUCAGCCAGGAGCUGGGCCUGCGAUGGACCGAAACCAUGGAGCCGCGGAUCAUAGGCAAUUUGGUGAGACCACCGCGUCCAUCCAGCGAGGAGGAGCUCAUGAAAGCAGCAAACACCGCACAGAAGGGCAACAAGGUCAGCGGCCAGGAACUGCUGAAGGCUUCAGUUGCACUCCAGGAGCUGGAUCGACGCCAGGAAGCAGUGCAAAGUGCCACUGCCGCCAUGGAGGUCUUCAAACAAGCGGGCAACAGCGAGGGUGAAGCCACAGCUUUGCUGUGCAAGUCCAAAGUACUGCUAGGAGUUGACAAUAUGGCAGCACUUCAGGCGGCAAGCCAUGCGUUGAAGCUCUUCCGAGAGUUGGGGCACAUCACGGGACAAGCGGUGGCACAACAUGCCAUUGCCAAGGUCCAGUUCGCCCGACGCAACCCGGACGACGUGUGGAAUCGUGCAGCCGAAUCUUUAAGGCUUCUGCGUUUGCUCGGAGACCGACACCGUGAAGUGAUGGUGCUGUGCACCGCCACAGAUGCCGCAAUCUCCAUGGGCAAAGCGCGUCAGGCCUUGUCUUAUGGCUUGGACGCCCUGACGAGAUCCCGAAAGCUCCAAGAUCGUUUCCUCGAGGCAAAGGCGCUGUGUUUGGUGGCCCAAGCCCGUGGCAUUUGUGGAGAGCCGGCCGGCGUGAGUGCGGCAAAGGAGGCCUUGGCGAUCUACCAGGACUUGGGCUUAAAGUCCUUUCAGCUGAAAGCUUUAGAAGCACUGGCGGCCGUUGGCAAGGGCACGCAGAGUGGCGUGGAAGCCAUGACUGAAGCAGAGGCCCUUGCGGCAAGCUUUCAGGCAGCAGCCAUGACAAAGGAACAGGCUGAGUGUUUCUACUUGAUGGCCAAGAUGUUUCACGAGCUCCAGGACUUGGACAAUGCCCUUGUGGCCACUCAGGAAGCGCUCAAGCACAGCCCAGAAGAAGGUCACGGAAAGUUGCUGAGCCUUUUGUCCACCAUUCUUUUGGACAGGAAAGAAUUUCAAGAAGCUUUGGACACUGCACGAAAAGCUACGGAGAACCUGGGGCUGGCACUGGAUGAUGAGCAGAAAGAUCAACAGCUCGUUUGCAUCAACAAUCAGGCCUUGGCUCUAGCCCAGCUCGGAAACUUCCCUGAAGCGCUGCAGUUCCUGGAGGAAAGGCUCAGGGAGUUUCGGGCUGCUAAAGAGAAGCGCGGAGAAGGGCAAGCGCUUUUCAUUAUGGCGCAGUUGCUCCAGGCGAAAGGCUCCACGGAAGAAGCCCUUCAUCGUUUGGCCUUGGCCGCCCCGGCGCUCCUGGAGUCCCGCGAUGUGCGCUGCGAAGCUCAGGCGUGGCAACUGAGUGCCAAGAUCCAUUUGGAGAAGAACGAACUCUCGAAGGCACUUCCUGCAGCAGAGAGGAGCGCCAGAGGCUUCCAAGCCGUUGGAGACCGCCGGGGCCGCGCACAGCUGGCAGCGAUGUUGGCUGAAAUUCAGUUCUCCCUGUGUGGUCUUGAGAAGGCGGACGGAAAUCUGCACGAAGCCCUCCGCGCGGCGAAGGAGUCAGUCUCACUGUACCAUGACCUCAACGAGAAAAGUGUCGAAAUGGGCUAUAGCCUUCAUUGCUUGGCCAACAUCAACCUCGCCCUUCACAAUUGGGAAGCCGCCUUGGAAGCUGCCCAGGAGGCUCUUGAGCUCUUCCGAUCUUUGCAGCUGCCAUUGCUGGAGACCAAUGCUUUACAUUUGGAAUCUGGAGCUUAUUUGGGUGCGAAAGACUUUGAAAACAGCAGGCAGCGGGCCCUAGAGGAGAAGGAGAUCUACAGUUCUGCUGGUGUCCUGAAAGGUGUUGAUCAAGUUGAUCAGUGGCUUCUCUAUGUGGAUCGCUGCAGCAGUGACGAGCAGACCUUGAAGAGCUUCUAUGGCUUCUCAAUGCGCCGGAAGUCCAAUGCUCCCGUGGCGCAAUCCGAUGAGCGACAGGCCUUCAGGGCUCCGCGGCGGUUGACGGCGAUGAAUGACAUCGAGCUGUGGAUGGCAGACACUUCCAAGGCCACCCGGAGUUGUGUCAUCGCCUACCAGGGCUUGGAACAUCGCUCCGCUGGAGGAGGUCAAGCCGCACCGGCUGGCAAGACUAAAGUUACUGCUGGUGAACUUCAAAGCCUCCAGUUUCCCGGUGGCAGUGAACUUGACCAUGACAUCCGCUGGGUCCAUCGCCGUAAGUCCAAGAGCCACUCCAAGGGCCGACGCUUGCAGAAGGCUGAGGAGGAGCGCUUGCAUGCUCCAGCAGUUCAGUAGACUCAGAGGCGCCCACCCAACCGCUUCCAGCUUGUUUAGUUCUCGUUUUCUGAUGUAAAGAUCAGCUUCCUGGAACAAAA